AUGACUGUGGACGUGCACUUUAAAAAAUUGUGGAGAACACUUAGAUAUUAUCAGGAAAUAAUCCAGCCUAUUACCAUCGUCAUUUUACCCGAUUUCGAGGCAUAUAUGGAUUUUGUGGAUGCCGUUAAAACCUACUCCAUGUCCUUUCCGGUGUGGCUCAUUCUGUUUCUUUAUACCCCCGACAACAACAUCCAUGACUAUUGCCAUGAGCCGAUCGGUAAUCCCUUUAAUCUGGCGUUCGACACGCAAAUGCUGGUAUUGUGUAACAACGAGAUAAUAUUACGGGAAUGGUAUUCCGUUAAGGGUGAUAUCGUCAAAACCUUUGACCUAGCGGAAUGGAAAGAGAAUGAAGGAUUCAUUCCUUUGACGAAUUUGUCUCUCUAUGAACGAAGGAAGGAUAUGGAAGGAAUUGUUCUACGGGCGGUCACAUCACAGGUGCUCAAUAAGAUUUAA